GGAGCCGUAAGGGCUCCAGGUUUCGGGGCGUGUGUGCUGGGGAGCGCCGGGGAGGUGGCCGGAGGGACGCGGCGCUCGGUGAGCGCGCCGGGGAAGAGAGGCGAGCCGAGAGUGGAGGAGGAGGAGGAGGCGGCGGCGGCGGAGCGCUGCUCCCCAGGAAUGUCGCUGCCGCCGCCACCGCCGGGGCCGCUGCGGUUGAGGAGACGGAGGAGACCGACGGUGUUAGGCAGAUGAUCUAUUUGAAGAUCUUGAAGACCUUUGCACAAAAAUGAGGGAAAUACAAAGAACCAAAUAUAGUUCUGAAAUUCAGGAUCUAUAUUUUGAGAUGAUUUUUUAUUUUCAGAAUGAGAAGUAUAUCUGGUUAUCUUCAUGAAUGUAGAGACAUGAGAAGAAAGUUAUGAUGGCAAAAAACAAAGAGCCGCGCCCCCCAUCCUAUACUAUCAGUGUAGUUGGACUCUCUGGGACUGAAAAAGACAAAGGUAACUGUGGAGUUGGAAAGUCUUGUUUGUGCAAUAGAUUUGUACGCUCAAAAGCAGAUGAAUAUUAUCCAGAGCAUACUUCUGUGCUCAGCACCAUUGACUUUGGAGGACGAGUAGUAAACAAUGAUCACUUUUUGUACUGGGGUGACAUAACACUAAAUGGUGAAGAUGGAGUAGAAUGCAAAAUUCAUGUCAUUGAACAAACAGAAUUCAUUGAUGACCAGACUUUCUUGCCUCAUCGGAGUACAAAUUUACAACCGUAUAUAAAACGUGCAGCUGCUUCUAAAUUGCAGUCAGCCGAAAAACUAAUGUACAUUUGCACUGAUCAACUAGGCUUGGAGCAAGACUUUGAACAGAAGCAAAUGCCUGAAGGGAAGCUCAAUGUAGAUGGAUUUUUAUUGUGCAUUGACGUAAGUCAAGGAUGCAAUAGGAAGUUUGAUGAUCAACUUAAAUUUGUGAAUAACCUUUUUGUCCAACUAUCAAAAUCAAAAAAGCCUGUAAUAAUAGCAGCAACUAAAUGUGAUGAAUGCGUGGAUCACUAUCUUAGAGAAGUUCAGGCAUUUGCUUCAAACAAAAAGAACCUUCUUGUAGUGGAAACAUCAGCACGAUUGAAUGUCAACAUUGAAACAUGUUUCACUGCACUGGUACAAAUGUUGGAUAAAACUCGUGGCAAACCUAAAAUUAUUCCUUAUCUGGAUGCUUUUAAAACACAGAGACAACUUGUUGUCACAGCAACAGAUAAGUUUGAAAAACUUGUGCAGACUGUGAGAGAUUAUCAUGCAACUUGGAAAACUGUUAGUAAUAAAUUAAAAAAUCAUCCUGAUUAUGAAGAAUAUAUCAAUUUAGAGGGAACAAAAAAGGCCCGAAAUACUUUCUCAAAACAUAUAGAACAACUUAAACAAGAACAUAUAAGAAAAAGGAGAGAAGAAUAUAUAAAUACCUUACCAAGAGCUUUUAACACUCUUUUGCCAAAUCUAGAAGAGAUUGAACAUUUGAAUUGGUCAGAAGCUUUGAAAUUAAUGGAGAAGAGAGCAGAUUUUCAGUUAUGUUUUGUGGUGCUAGAAAAAACACCUUGGGAUGAAACUGACCAUAUAGACAAAAUUAAUGAUAGGCGAAUCCCAUUUGACCUCCUGAGCACUUUAGAAGCUGAAAAAGUCUAUCAGAACCAUGUACAACAUCUAAUAUCAGAGAAAAGGAGGGUAGAAAUGAAGGAAAAAUUCAAAAAGACUUUGGAAAAAAUUCAGUUCAUUUCACCUGGACAGCCAUGGGAGGAAGUCAUGUGCUUUGUUAUGGAGGAUGAAGCCUUCAAGUAUAUUACAGAGGCUGACAGCAAAGAGGUGUAUAGUAGGCAUCAGCGAGAAAUAGUUGAAAAAGCCAAAGAAGAGUUUCAGGAAAUGCUUUUUGAGCAUUCAGAACUUUUUUAUGAUUUAGAUCUUAAUGCAACACCUAGUUCAGAUAAAAUGAGUGAAAUUCAUACAGUUUUGAGUGAAGAACCUAGAUAUAAAGCUUUACAGAAACUUGCACCUGAUAGGGAGUCUCUUCUACUUAAGCAUAUAGGGUUUGUUUAUCAUCCCACUAAAGAAACAUGUCUUAGUGGCCAAAAUUGUAUGGACAUUAAAGUAGAGCAGUUACUUGCCAGUAGUCUUUUGCAGUUAGAUCAUGGUCGCUUAAGAUUGUAUCAUGAUAGUACCAAUAUAGAUAAAGUUAACCUUUUUAUUUUAGGGAAGGAUGGCCUUGCCCAAGAACUAGCAAAUGAGAUAAGGACACAAUCCACUGAUGAUGAGUAUGCCUUAGAUGGAAAAAUUUAUGAACUUGAUCUUCGACCAGUUGAUGCCAAUUCGCCUUACUUUUUAAGUCAGUUAUGGACUGCCGCCUUUAAACCACAUGGGUGCUUCUGUGUAUUUAAUUCCAUCGAGUCAUUGAAUUUUAUUGGGGAAUUUAUUGGAAAAAUAAGAACUGAAGCUUCUCAGAUCAGAAAAGAUAAAUAUAUGGCUAAUCUUCCAUUUACGUUAAUUCUGGCUAAUCAGAGAGAUUCUAUUAGUAAGAAUCUACCAAUUCUCAGGCAUCAAGGGCAACAGUUGGCAAACAAGUUACAAUGUCCUUUUGUAGAUGUACCUGCUGGUACAUAUCCUCGGAAGUUUAAUGAAACCCAAAUAAAGCAAGCUCUAAGAGGAGUAUUAGAAUCAGUUAAACACAAUUUAGAUGUGGUGAGCCCAGUUCCCACCAAUAAGGAUGUAUCAGAAGCUGACUUGAGAAUUGUUAUGUGUGCCAUGUGUGGUGAUCCAUUUAGUGUGGAUCUUAUUCUUUCACCCUUCCUUGAUUCUCAUUCAUGCAGCGCUGCUCAAGCUGGACAGAAUAAUUCCCUAAUGCUUGACAAAAUCAUUGGUGAAAAAAGGAGGCGAAUACAGAUCACAAUAUUAUCAUAUCAUUCCUCAAUUGGAGUAAGGAAAGAUGAACUUGUUCAUGGAUAUAUAUUAGUUUAUUCUGCCAAACGGAAAGCAUCAAUGGGAAUGCUCCGAGCAUUUCUAUCAGAAGUUCAGGAUACCAUUCCUGUACAACUGGUGGCAGUUACUGACAGCCAAGCAGAUUUUUUUGAAAAUGAGGCCAUCAAAGAGUUAAUGACUGAAGGAGAACACAUUGCAACUGAGAUCACUGCUAAAUUUACAGCAUUGUAUUCUUUAUCUCAGUAUCAUCGGCAAACCGAGGUCUUUACUCUGUUUUUCAGUGAUGUCCUAGAGAAAAAAAAUAUGAUAGAAAAUUCCUAUUUAUCUGAUAAUACAAGGGAAUCAACCCAUCAAAGUGAGGAUGUUUUUCUACCAUCUCCCAGAGAUUGUUUUCCCUAUAACAACUAUCCUGAUUCAGAUGAUGAUACAGAAGCACCGCCUCCUUAUAGUCCAAUUGGGGAUGAUGUACAGUUGCUUCCAACACCUAGUGACCGUUCCAGAUACAGAUUAGAUUUGGAAGGAAAUGAAUAUCCUAUUCAUAGCACCCCCAACUGUCAUGACCAUGAACGCAACCAUAAAGUGCCUCCACCUAUUAAACCUAAACCAGUUGUACCUAAGACUAAUGUGAAGAAACUGGAUCCAAACCUCUUAAAAACAAUAGAAGCUGGUAUUGGCAAAAAUCCAAGAAAACAGACUUCCCGGGUGCCUUUGGCACAUCCUGAAGAUAUGGAUCCUUCAGAUAACUAUGCGGAACCCAUUGAUACAAUUUUCAAACAGAAGGGCUGUUCUGAUGAGAUAUAUGUUGUCCCAGAUGAUAGCCAGAAUCGCAUUAUUAAAAUUCGAAAUUCAUUUGUAAAUAACACCCAAGGAGAUGAAGAAAAUGGAUUUUCUGAUAGAACCUCAAAAAGUCAUGGGGAACGGAGGCCUUCAAAAUACAAAUAUAAAUCUAAAACUCUGUUUAGUAAAGCCAAGUCAUACUAUCGACGAACACAUUCAGAUGCAAGUGAUGACGAGGCUUUCACUACUUCUAAAACAAAAAGAAAAGGAAGACAUCGUGGAAGUGAAGAAGAUCCACUUCUUUCUCCUGUUGAAACUUGGAAAGGUGGUAUUGAUAAUCCUGCAAUCACUUCAGACCAGGAAUUAGAUGAUAAGAAAAUGAAGAAGAAAAUCCACAAAGUAAAAGAAGAUAAAAAGCAGAAGAAGAAAACUAAGAACUUCAAUCCACCAACACGUAGAAAUUGGGAAAGUAAUUACUUUGGGAUGCCCCUCCAGGAUCUGGUUACAGCUGAGAAGCCCAUACCACUAUUUGUUGAAAAAUGUGUGGAAUUCAUUGAAGAUACAGGGUUAUGUACUGAAGGACUCUACCGUGUUAGUGGGAACAAAACUGACCAAGACAAUAUUCAAAAGCAGUUUGAUCAAGAUCAUAAUAUCAGUCUGGUAUCAAUGGAAGUAACAGUAAAUGCUGUAGCUGGAGCUCUUAAAGCUUUCUUUGCAGAUCUGCCAGAUCCUUUAAUUCCAUAUUCUCUUCAUCCAGAGUUACUGGAAGCAGCAAAAAUCCCAGAUAAAACAGAACGUCUUCAUGCAUUGAAAGAAAUUGUUAAGAAGUUUCAUCCUGUAAACUAUGAUGUAUUCAGAUAUGUAAUAACACAUCUAAACAGGGUUAGUCAGCAAAAUAAAAUCAACCUAAUGACAGCAGACAACUUAUCCAUCUGUUUUUGGCCAACCUUGAUGAGACCUGAUUUUGAAAAAAGAGAAUUUCUGUCUACCACUAAGAUCCAUCAGUCUGUUGUAGAAACAUUCAUUCAACAGUGUCAGUUUUUCUUUUACAAUGGAGAAAUUGUAGAAAUUGUGAAUACUGUUGCUCCUCCACCACCUUCAAAUCCAGGACAGUUGGUUGAACCAAUGGUACCGCUUCAGUUACCACCACCACUGCAACCUCAGCUAAUACAACCACAGUUACAGACUGAUCCUCUUGGUAUUAUAUGAAUGGGAAGUGAUUGCAGACAGCCUGAAAUGGACAGAAAGCAAACCUAGACAUGCAUGUUUCAGGGUUCAGUAGUAUACUUCAUGUUUCUUACAGAUUCAAAAUGAUGAGACUUUUUCUCUUUGAACUAUAUGGUAUUCUUUAUUCAUUUACAUUACAAAUUUAAGACCAUGUGCUAAGCAUGACUGGAGAGGUUUAAUUUUUAUAAACAAAAAUAGCUAUAAAAUACAAAAACUGCUGUUGCAUGCAACCUCAUUGCAAUCAGUGUAUCAUUCCUGUGGCAUUUUCUGUCACAUUAUAUUGUGAAUAAAAUUUUUCUAUAGAAAUUAAAUGAUUUAAAAGCUCACAUAUAUGAAACAUUUAAUGCUUUUCAGCCUACUUUAUGGCUGGUUUUGUUAUUUGAUGUGCUAAUUUGGGCAACCUAAUUUACUUUACAUUUUAACAGUGUAGAUGAUUAAAAGCCCAGUUAAGUAUUUUAUAAUUUCAGGCUACUUAUGCCAUGUUUGGGAUGUUGUUUGAAAGAAAGAAGAAUACACUUAACAUUUUUCUGCACCUUCAUCUUUACUGCUAAGUAAACCUGUGGAUGAUAUGAUGAGGGGUAAAUGAGCAUAUUUCUUGUACACACAUACCAAGGACACACUUGUGGCUAAAGUGAGUUGAUAAUGUUGUGCAAAGGAUAGUUGUCACCAACUCAUUUCUUUAUGGUACAUAUAAAAUAAACAUCUUGUAUACUGUUAAUUCUAUAAACAGAUGCAUGUUUAAAAGAUCUAUGAUGGUCUUGUAAUCUUAAUCUAAUAUAUUUUAGAUAUUUUAAUUUUUUCCCUCUUGGGAAAUACAUUUAGUAUAGUGUAGAAAAUACUUCAUGACAUUUUCAUAUAAGGUUAUAUAACUUUUCAUACAUAAACAUGAAAUUCGUUGUAGAAAAUUCUUUAAACCAAACAUUUUAAUCUAGGACUUCAAUUUAAUCUGUUUCUUGAAUCUAUUUUUAUGUGGCCCUUAAAAACAUCCAAAAAUCCAUUGCUAAUAUAGCAAUAAAAAUACUUUGGGUACUGACAGCCUCUUUGGAGUGUGUAUAUGUAUAAUUGCAACCUUGUAUUCAUAUUAUUUUCUGUGGUUUGUUGUACUAAAACCUAAAGUGUCUUUUGCACCAUUUUUUAACCAUUUUUUUCCUUUAAUGUUGGUACCAGAUUUGCUAUAAGUGACUGCUGCUUCUGGGGUUAUUUUGUUAGUGAAGAUACACCAGAACACUAAUUACGGAUAAAAUUUUCAGAAUAGGUGGCAUAGGUAAAUUUUAUUAGACUUUGUUCAUUAUCAUACCAUGCCAUUUUUUUUUUUUUUCUGGAAAGGAAGAAAGCGUUUGUUUUUCAUUGUUUUGUGUAGUAAAGAGAAAAUUCUUUGGUCCAUGUUGUAAUCUUUGUUCAUACUACAAUUUUAAGGUUGUCUUAUGUGUAUUAUAGUAAACAGACGAUUUUGAGA